GUUUAAGAAACGAACUGUCAAAGAUUGUGAAUUGUUAACAAUCCGUGAAUUGUGCUCCUUAGCUCAGAAUAACUACUAUAAUGCUAUGGAGAGAGGAUUAUAUUUUUCUCAUCGCCUGCCCGAUUGGAAAAAUGCAUUUCUCAAAGAUACCGCUAACAUCAUGAAUGAGGGCAGUUUUAAGGCAGCUCUCAAGGAUGUGCAGCGUUCAAGGGAAAUGCAGAGGAAAACGCCUCAUAAGAAGUUGGACAUGACAAGACCCAUGAAGUCGCCAAUGAUUAAGGAUGAUAUCACCUGUCGAAAACGAAAGCUUGCUUAGGCGGCUAAUGUUUCGAUUUCGACAAUCCAAAUUCUCAGUACAUUUCCAAAUUCUAUCAAUAACUUUCUGCCAACAACUUUCGAGAUGAUAUUGGAUUUAGUAUUGCGUACCAGCGUCGUCGCUGUUGUCAUUUUGGCCACGCGUCGCUUAAACAUUUGGGAUUCAUCGGAUGAUUCUGUCCAGGUUUACAACGAAUCAAGAGAUCGCGCCCGACCAUAUGCCCAGUACGCCUGUCAGUACUUAAACAUUCACGUACCCGAUAUGCCCCCCGAGAGGGAGAAAUCAUAUUUGGGCAUUUAUUACUACAAUCACGCUGUGAUGACAAUAUUCGGCUUCCUUAGCAUGUGUCCCACAUACGUGCACAUGGUCGCAGUACAGAUCCCCGGCAUUGUGUCCGAAUACGCAAGUCGCAUAAAGGAAGCAUACGAUGAGUACCAAAGGAAGCGUAAGCUCGAGAAGGAGAAGCAAGCCCGCCAAUUAAUCAUCGAUGACAAGACACUAGUGAUGCCAUUGGAGCCACGCUCCGAAGCCAAUCCGGAUUGCAAGUGUUCAGCACCGAACACAAAGGAUGACCCGGGACUUGUGCCUAAAAAUGCCCCCAAAUCGCCCUACAGUGAGGACUAUUGCGUAAAGGAGCCUGGAGAUAAAAAGUCACUGCCUGAUUCAAAAUGUAAAUGUCCCAAAUGCGAUCGCAGAGAGGCAGAAGGUUGGUUCGACAAUAAAGCCGUGUGUCCCAAACGAAAUCCGUGUGGACCGCGCAAGUGUGAGUGUCCAAGGACUCGAAUAGUUUAUACCAAAGGCUCUGAUGCUCUGGCAACUGAUAGUAUUACCAAGUUAUUCAAGCAACGUGAUGAAAUCCUGAACAGUGGGCCAUUUAAAGACUUAUAAUUGCAAAACGAGGAAUUCAAAUCACAAUCGAGAUAUUUAUACUCACCUUUGAUCAAACUGACCACAGUUGGAUGUUUCUCCAGCCGCACUUCUUGUCCAUUAACCUGCAAUAAACAGAUAAACGGGCUCAUUACACAUC